AUGCUCACUAAGCCGCGGGAUGGCACGAUAGGACGGCCAGGUCCUCUCCACCCUGACUUUGACCCCAACAUACUGAUUAUUAAUGAUAUCAGUUGUGACAAUAGUCUGAAAUACACUGUCGUACUUCUGUUGGUGGCAGCCAUGGUGGCCUGUGUUCUGGCAGGAGGCUCUGGAGGAGGCUACGGUGGCGGCUACGGAGGUGGCCGUGGAGGCUAUGGCGGUGGCUAUGGCGGCGGUCGCGGAGGCGGCUAUGGCGGCGGUCGCGGAGGCGGUUAUGGCGGCGGUUAUGGUGGUGGCUACGGAGGCGGUCGCGGAGGCUAUGGAGGCGGUUAUGGUGGUGGUUAUGGCGGCGGUCGCGGAGGCGGUUAUGGCGGCGGUCGCGGAGGCGGCUAUGGCGGCGGUCGCGGAGGCUAUGGUGGCGGUUACGGUGGUGGCUACGGAUACGGGAAAUAA